AUGUCCUUUAACCUCUUCUCAAAAUCACCAAGAAAAUCGAAGAAAACGUCAGAUAACGAAGAGGGCAUUCAAACGGAAUCGCCUCGGUCAACAUCUCCACUUAAGAAAUCUUAUUCGAGAUCUAGCAAAAGCAAAGAAGAAGAAAAUAUCAAACCAGAGGAAAAGCAGCAAUCUGGGUCAACAAAAUCCAGCCGCAUUCGCCCAAAGUCGGGUGCUUAUCCGUCGCGAAAUUCAUUCGAUCCAAAUACUACUCAUCCUUUAAAUCUUCCGCCAGAUCAACUGCGGAGAUUAUCAACCCAAGUUAGGAUGUCGGAACCCAUGGAUAUUGACGUUGAGUCUCCCAGUGUUCGCAUUCCUUCCCCACCACCGGCAACAACUUCACAACCAAGCACACAACCAAGCACACCAAAACCUGCAGAGCCUGCUUCUAAGCCUGCUUCAAAGUCUGCUCCAAAGUCUGCUCCAAAGCCUGCUCCGCAGCCAAGUGCAGCCAAUGGACAAAAUGCUUCGGUCAAUGGAGAGGGACCACCACCUCCCCCACCAGCUCAUAAAUCAAACCCAGCGAGUCCUCAAGCUGUAGCACCACCAAGUCCAGAAGAAGCAGAAGCAUUCAAGGAUGCGGGAAACAGAUUUUACAAGGUCAAGCAGUACAAGAAGGCUAUUGAAGAAUACACUAAGGCCAUCGAAGUGAUGCCAUCAUCAUCCACUUAUAUCAACAACCGCGCCGCUGCUUAUAUGGCUGCUGGCCAAUAUUACCAAGCUUUAGAAGAUUCCAAGCGUGCUGAUCAACUUGACCCUAACAAUCACAAAGUCCUUCUUCGAUUGGCUCGAAUCUAUAUCAGCAUGGGACUGCCACAAGAGGCUAUGGAUACCUUUGGCCGCAUUCAGCCACCUCCAUCUGCCAAAGAUAUGGCUCCAGCUAAAGCCAUGUUACAACACCUUGCUUCUGCUGCAGACGCGCUCAAGAACGGAACUGGAUCAAUGGCGAUACACUCUAUCGAGCAGGCAGAAAGACUACUUGGUGUAGGUGUUCCCAAGCCAAGAAAAUGGCAGUUGAUGCGUGGUGAGGCAUAUUUGAAGAUGGGUAAUGUUAAUGCUUUGGGAGAUGCACAAAAUGUUGCCAUGUCCUUGUUACGCGGCAACAGUCAGGAUCCUGAGGCGCUUGUCUUGAGGGGCAGAGCUUUGUACUCUCAGGGUGAAAAUGAAAAGGCUAUGCAGCAUUUCCGACAAGCUUUGACCUGCGAUCCUGAUUACAGAGACGCAGUCAAGUAUUUACGAUUGGUCAGAAAGGUUGAUUCGCUGAAGACCGAAGGAAAUGCAGAGUUCAAGGCUGGGCGAUACCCAAAUGCCAUUGCCAAGUACAGCGAAGCUCUCGAACUCGACCCCACCAACAGAGGAACAAACUCCAAAUUACUUCAGAAUCGUGCUUUGUGCAAAUCUCGCCUCAAGGAUUAUGCGGCUGCCAUUGAGGAUUGCGACCAAGCUCUUCAACUCGACCCUUCAUAUACCAAAGCAAAGAAGACAAAGGCCACCGCCCUUGGUGAAUCUGGCCAGUGGGAGGAUGCUGUACGCGAGCUCAAGCAAUUGCAGGAACAGGAUCCAUCAGACGCCGGCAUUGCCAGGGAGGUACGAAGAGCUGAACUUGAGUUGAAGAAGAGCAAGAGAAAGGAUUACUACAAAAUUCUUGGUGUGGAGAAGGAUGCAGACGAUAGUCAGAUCAAGAAGGCUUACAGAAAAGCUGCAAUCAUCCAUCAUCCAGAUAAGAAUCGGGAUGACCCACAUGCUGAGGAGCGAUUCAAGGACAUCGGAGAAGCCUACGAAACUCUGAGUGAUUCUGAGAAACGUGCACGAUACGACAGCGGUGUAGAUUUGGAAGAUCCAAUGGACGGUUUUGGCGGUAUGGGAGGUGGAGGAGGAGGAGGAGGAAUGAACAUUGAUCCAGAAAUCCUCAUGCAGAUGUUCGGAGCCCAGAUGGGUGGUGGUGGUAUGGGUGGUGGAGGCCGUGGAGGUGGUGGUGGAGGUUUCCACAAUUUCGGUGGAGGUAUGCCUCAGGGGGGCCGCACUCGAGGCGCUCCUCAAGGCUUCCCAGGUGGAUUCUCGUUUCAAUGA